CCAAAACAAAACGAAAGCACCUCAAACGGAGGUUGCCUAAGAUUUGAAGAAAACAUCAACGGCAACAAAACCUGAGCUUCAAACACAAAACAAUGGCCAACCCAAAUCAAACCCCAAUCUGAAGAACACCCACCAAUCCAAUAAAAAUGGCGGGACUUGAAGAACUGAGGAAAAAGCUCACACCUUUAUUCGAUGCCGAAAAGGGCCUCAGCUUCGGAUCCUCCACCUCGGACUCAUCUGGUUCCUACACAUUGUCGGGCAGUGGAACGGUGAACUUGCUGAGCCGAUCGUCCGGCGUGUACAACAUCAACGAGCUGGGGCUGCAGAAGUGCACGUCGUCUACGGUGGACGACACCACAGAGAAGACUUACCGAUGUGCUUCGCAUGAGAUGAGAGUGUUUGGGGUCAUUGGGAGCGGUGCCAGUAGCGUUGUGCAGAGAGCUAUUCACAUUCCCGAUCAUCGGAUCAUUGCGCUCAAGAAAAUCAACAUUUUUGAAAAGGAGAAAAGACAGCAGCUGCUUACUGAGAUAAGGACAUUAUGUGAAGCACCUUGUUACCAAGGUCUUGUAGAGUUUCAUGGUGCAUUUUAUACACCAGAUUCUGGACAAAUAAGCAUUGCGUUGGAGUAUAUGGAUGGAGGGUCAUUGGCAGAUAUCUUACGUUUGAGGAAAAGAAUACCAGAACCUCUACUUUCGUCUAUGUUUCAAAAGCUUCUACAUGGGCUGAGCUACUUGCAUGGAGUUAGGUAUCUUGUUCACAGAGACAUAAAACCUGCCAAUUUGCUUAUCAAUCUCAAGGGUGAACCAAAGAUAACAGAUUUUGGAAUAAGUGCUGGGUUGGAGAAUUCAAUGGCAAUGUGUGCAACAUUUGUUGGGACAGUUACAUACAUGUCGCCUGAGCGAAUUCGAAAUGAGAAUUAUUCUUACCCAGCUGAUAUAUGGAGCCUUGGGCUUGCACUCUUUGAGUGUGGUACUGGAGAAUUUCCAUAUACAGCUAACGAUGGACCUGUCAAUCUUAUGUUACAGAUCUUAGAUGAUCCAUCACCGACUCCUUCUCAACAGAAUGUUUCACCAGAGUUUUGCUCGUUUAUUGAAGCUUGCUUGCAGAAGGAUGCAGAUUCUAGGCCAACUGCGGAGCAGCUACUUUCCCACCCGUUUAUUACGAAGUAUGAGAAAUCCAAAGUAGACUUAGCAGCAUUUGUUCGAAGUGUUUUUGAUCCAACACAAAGGAUGAAGGACUUGGCAGAUAUGCUUACCAUACAUUUUUACUUGCUCUUUGAUGGAUCUGAUGAGCUCUGGCAACAUGCAAAGACGUUAUACAAUGAAGAUUCAGUUUUCAGUUUUUCUGGCAAGCAGCUAGUAGGCGUGAAUGAGAUAUUUGCCUCCCUCUCCAGCAUACGAAGUACAUUAGCUAGUGACUGGCCUCCUGAGAGGCUUGUGCAUGUUGUGGAAAAGCUUCAGUGCCACGCUCAUGGUCAGGAUGGAGUAGCAAUUAGGGUAUCAGGAUCCUUCAUUGUUGGGAAUCAGUUCCUUAUAUGUGGAGAUGGGGUUCAGGUAGAGGGCCUGCCAAGUAUUAAAGAUCUUUCCAUUGACAUCUCGAGUAAGCGAAUGGGUACAUUUAGCGAGCAGUUCAUUAUGGAGCCAAGCACAAUUAUAGGGCGCUACUUCAUAGCUAAACAAGAACUUUAUAUCAUGCAGUGAAAAUCGAAAGAUACUACUUUAACUGUUGGAACUUUGUACACUGCUGGAACAGUUAUGAGCAUGUGAUGUAACAUAGGAACAUCCUAAAUGAUCCGACCGUGACUAUCUGGCUAUGCAUCGUUGACACUUUUGUAAUCAAUUGCCCAUAAAAUGAUCAAAACUAUUCAUGUUAUUUACCAGACACACAAGAUUAAACGGUAAAUCUG